UGAGGCGGUGCUGUGCUAAAUUACGAUCUUUUAGCAAGACGUAUAAAAUUUAAUAUUUAAGUGUAAAUCUGCUUCAUUGAUUUCAAGCCCCGGCUCAUUUGUAACGUGACUCUUAGCAGAAUGAUAUGUAUGGUUGAUAUUCUGUGGAACAAUUUCCUGAGUCAUUCCCCUUACCAGGGGCCUCGACAGAAAAACUAUUUUAAAAUGAAAAAUUGAUUGAACAGAGCGAGGCUCGCUAAAUUUUCCCAUCAUAUAGGCGUGGCAUAUUUGGAUUCUCGAGAUCAGUUUACAGUUAGAAAUUAUACUUGCAAGAUAUCGUGAUCUCUAUUCCCUCAAUUCCAGCUUAUGUAGCUCGUAUAUAGAGGCGCGGCGAAUGCGGCCCCGAACCUCAGAGCGUGCGAAGAGAAAAACUAGUGGGUACGCUCUUACCAGCAUCGCACUUGAACUCUGUCGACUCCAAUAACACAACAUAUGGCGUCCAGAAAAAUGAACAAACUUCUUGGGAAGCUGAAAAAGCUGCAAGACCCCGAGGCAGAGCUGGCAGCCGCAGCGCCAGGCACAGAAUCACUUCUCUCGGAAUCUGACUCUCUCAAAGAACUUCAACCCAUGUUCGUGAACGAGAGCCAUGGAAACUUCACAAAUGAUACAAGUCUAAAUUUAAAUCCUUCUAUUUCGGCCGUGGAAUCUCUGGUUGCAGAAAGCUCCCUUCAGCCCGAUCGGUCUUUGUUCUCCAGCAGAGUGUCUCAUUCCACUAGACAGUCAUCAUAUUUUUCCAACACAAGCUCGAGAUCAAAGAAAAAUUACAACAGGGGCGCUCCUUUCGGCCAGACGUUGCAGAUAUUGGAGGCUUCCGAAGAUACACAGAAUGAUGACGUAGCUGGGAACAGUGGCGAUCCCGCCUCUCAGUUGCGACUCAUAUCAGACAAACUACAUGUGCUAUGGCAAGACAUUUCGUUUCUUCUGAGCCAGUACACAAACUCAGUUUCAACUCUUUCGACCACAGUGAUUGGUAUUAUCAAUUUUUUUGAGGAGUACAUCAAAUUCAUGAACUCUGUACCUUUCCUUGUUCUGUGGAGUUUCAACUCUUACAAUAAUGACGAUGUGCGGAGGAUUCUCAAGACCUACUUGCAUUUUUACGACAAUCUUCUUCAAGAUGACGCAUACGUGAAACUCAAGUUGCUUAUGUGUAAAACUUUCAACGACUUUAACCGCACACUAAAAAGCACCACGAUAUACUCUGCGCAGCUGGCUCUGGCAAGUAUGACGAGGCCCUGCAACUACGCAAUAGGCGUGAACGAUGGAAAGCCACAUAAAAACGAAGGUUCAAUUAGAAAAAUCAUGGCAAAAAUCUCAAGCUAUGAUUUCGGUGUCAACGAGCAAAAUGGGUCUUUUAUUGCACCUAUUGCUCGUGGAAUAAGCAAAGAUAUGAACGUCCUCUGUUUGUAUUUUGGAUAUCGAACAAUUGGCAAUCAUCAUUCAACAAUUGCCACUACAAUUCAGGAUUUUUAUGAUGAUAUCCAUGUCAUUGUUGCAAAGAACAGAAUUGAGCUAGGGGCUGCAACUGUGUCCUCACAAAAAACAGAAACAUUUGUGUCUCAAGAACCUACGGAUUUCUCCCACAAGUUUAAACUUCCAUUCAGAACACCUUUGGAUCCGUCUCGCCCUCCAAUGUCACUAUCGCUCUCCACAGAAACUUCUGCGAGAAUUAGUGGCACAAUGGGUGGAUUCAUUUACCCGAUCAUCGACAAACAGCAGCUGCCCCAUCUUCGGUCAUACGCAAACUCCAAAUUUGCAAUUUCUUGUGGACAUGUAUGCCUUGAAACCAAAGGCGAAGGCCCAGACUACCCAUAUAUCUCUUCGCCUCUGGCUGUACUCAUAAGUCUUUACAAGCAUGCUCUCUUGAGCGAGCAUGAUAAGUUUUCUACGCAAGGGUACAUUAGCCGUAUUGACUCGCAUGUGGCGUAUAGCUCUAUUAUCAAUCAAAUUGACGAAUUAUUUCCGAUGAAAAAAGUGAAGUCGCUGGCUGUUCAGGGGGAAUCGGCAAAAAAAAAUCUCCCAAAGACCAGAUUCGGCCAAAUCAUUUGGGGUGAAAGAACUCUCAUACAGGCCAAAAACUAUAAGGAUGGCGCAUUGUUGCAAGACAAACGCUUGAGUGACUUGGCUAUCAUUAAAGUCAACAAAAUGAUACACUGCGAUCAAAACUAUUUAGGUGACGAUGUCGCUUUCAAUGAGUUUGAUCCAUCGUUGAUGUUCGAAAAUUUAUAUGUGCGAAGAAUGAUUGAUCUUAGACGUCAUACAAAGGAGAGCGAAUUGAAUAGUGUCCGUGAAGUGGACUCCAUGGUUUCCACUUCCACGCGUAACGGUGACGGGACUUUUAACAUGAACGGAAUACCUGUUUUCAAGUAUGGCUCAACUACAAAGUUCACCAAAGGAAACUUGAACGGUAUAAAACUAGUAUACUGGAUGGACGGAGCAAUCCACUCUUCGGAAUUUGUCGUGAACUCCGCUGAGAGUACCACUUCUUUUGCUGCAGGCGGCGAUAGUGGGGCAUGGAUUUUGACAAAGCUAGAGGAUGUUCGGGGCAGUCUGGAAACUAAAGGUUUGGGUGUCGCUGGUAUGCUUCAUUCCUACGAUGGAGAAUCCCGCCAGUUUGGGCUCUUCACACCGAUGACGGAAAUACUUGAGAGGCUUGAGGAAGUCACCAAGAUCAAAUGGGGUGUAGUAGGUGUGCCCGAGAAACAUGAUAAUGUGCCGGAAUCAGUGGACUCUAGUGAUGGAGUGGAUGAACCGGAUAGUGAGUCUAGUCUGGACAGUGAAUCCGAUAGUGACUACGAGAGUCUUGUCGAUGAAGAGGCUUUUCCACCUGAACUUGAUUAAACAAAGACACCAUCACCCCUGAUCAAUUGGCUCUACUACGAAACAAAACUAGAGGGUUUGAAAA